AUGACAAAGAAUAAUUUUUAUUCUUACAAAGGUAGCAUCAUCGAUGACAUGUCAGGAAUUGAUCUCUCCUCUAAUAAAUUGCAUGGUGAAAUUCAGGAUGGCCUUGGAAACUUAAGUGAGAUCCGUGCACUCAACUUGUCCCACAACUACCUUAUUGGAACAAUUCCAGAAACAUUCUCGAGCCUACGACAGAUCGAGAGCUUAGAUCUCUCCUAUAACAACNUUGCAUGCGGGAGGAUCCCCAAUGGUCUGAUCAAGUUAAACGCUUUGGUAGUCUUCAGUGUGGCGCAUAACAAUUUAACAGGUAUGAUACCGGAGAAAGGUCAGUUUGGAACUUUCGAUGAAGUUAGUUAUCAGGGAAAUCCUUAUCUUUGUGGUCGUCCAUUACCUGACAACUGUGCUAGCACCGGAUCAACACCUGUCUUGUCAUCUGCUGAUGAUGAAAGUGAGGAGCUCGGUUUCAUGGACAUGGAGUUCUUCUACAUAAGUUUCAUCAUAUCUUAUUUAUCUACAGUGCUUUGCAUUGCUAUAGUUCUGUCCAUAAAUCCUCACUGGAGAAAAGCAUGGUUUCACUUCAUUGAGGUUUAUAUAAUCCAUUUUUUGAGGCCGUGUGUUCUGGACAACAUUCCCAUUGUCUUUUUUCUUUCUAGAUUUGAUAGUUCAGAAGUAACGAAGUAG